CUCGUCUUCAACGGACUGAUCUAUCUCCAGCAGGCAGCGGCUUACUUCGUCGUGUUUGCGGAUUUCAAAAUCAGUUUCGCAAACGUAUUGUCGCUCGUCCGCAGCAGUCUGCGUUCCAAAAUGGUUUUUGGCGACGAAACGCUGGAAUUAUCACCGGAGGAGCUGGAAGCAGUGCCGCACAAGCAGGUCGCCACCUACGCGGUUAAAAGACAUUUGGAACAGCAACGGCUGCAAAAGAACGACGCUAGCCCCACAAGUAAUCCUUCGUCGUCGAAGAUAAAAAUGUCGAAGAGCCCGCUGGCAGCUUCUCCGGUCUCGUCAACUUCUCUUGCCAGUGGGGGUGGGGGGGAAGGAGUGCACUACGCUAUGAUCGAGCGCGGGUCCGAAGCGGGAAAGAACAAGAAAAAGCAGGCGGACAACACGACGAGGGCGCUUGUCACGGAACUUCGACGGCUAACAACUGUCCUGGAGGUGCAGUCUGGUGUGAUGAACAACAUGUCCUCCGCUACGUCCUCGAAAACAUCCAAGAAAACUAGUACUGCCUCCUCGCCUCUUUUGGGACCUUCGACGAAGCAUUCCAGCACGAGCUCCAACAAAGCUUUCGAAGCCGCAGACGAAGACCUCCGCCGUGCCUACCUGCUGGAGUUUGAUUUUUCUCUGGAGAAGCAAGUUCGCAAGAAGUGGGCGCCUUGGCUACGGGAAUCGACACCAAGUGACACAGUUGAGGCCUUGAUUCCGCCAAUCGACGACGAGGCUAGUACCUCUUUCUCUCCCCCUACCAGCAGCUCCACGGUAUCGGGCAGCGGCUCGGGCGAAAGUCGGCGCACCUUCGACGACUUCCUUUGGCAGGUGCUGGGGUUGAAGAUGGAGAAGAUCAAAGUUCGCACCACGACGGAUCUGCCUUCUCUCACCCUUUUCGUCGAACAGGUGCGACCGGACUCGCCGGCGGACAGAGCUGGAAUUUCGGCGGGCUGUCGCCUGAUUCAGUGGGACAACAAGGACGUGGCUCUGGUGACGAGCAACUACAACAAAUCGUCGCGCAAAAACCGCCCCCUCGCCACCGUCUCGGCCCCGAAAGGAGAUUUUUACGCGGACGCAGAUCAUCUUCCGCGUGACCAGCUUACCGGCCUGAUUCGUGCGGACCCACACGUGCUGCGUGACUUGCUCGUGGAGAACCGCUCGCGCACGGUGCGGCUCUCUUUCCUGGACUCUACGGGUGUGACGCUCACGGGCUCCAACGUUUUGUUUGCGUACCCGACCCGCCCGGAGAAGACCGUACUUCGCGGCAUGUCGUUCCUGAUCAACGCGGGAGAAAAGGUGGCUUUCGUCGGUGGGUCUGGGAGCGGCAAGAGCACGGUGCUGCAGCUGCUGCAGCGGUGCUACUUCCCAGAUGGCGGCAAUAUUCAGAUGAACGGAUAUCCGCUCAAAGAGAUUUUCACACAAACAUUUCGAAGCCUGGUUGGCGUGGUGUCGCAGGACCCGACGUUGUUCGGGUCGUUGACCAUUCGGGAAAACCUUCUUCUCGGCAUCGACGACGGGAGUCGGCAAAAAAUUUCGGACGACGCGAUCCUUUCCAUCCUCGACGUGCUCAAGCUGCGCGACUGGGUGCAGGCGUUGCCGCAGGGCCUGGAAUCCUCCGGCGUCUUCCUGUCCGGCGGGCAGAAGCAACGGCUGUCGAUCGGACGCGCCAUGCUCCGCAAUCCGGCAAUUUUGAUUCUCGACGAAGCCACCUCCGCACUGGACAUGGACUCCGAAAAACAGGUCAUGGCCUGCGUCGACAGUCUCGGCCAGCCGUCUGCUUUACUCGAGCCGUUUCACGCGGGUCUGCCAACUCUGCAAGCGGCCAUGCAGCGACGUUACAAGGUCACCAUGAUCGUCGUUGCGCACCGGUUGUCGACGGUAUUUCGAUUCUAUUUGUUUUUGGAUUUGAGAAUUUGGCCCAAAACAAAGUACUUUUUCCAGCACCUAAUUGAUUCUGCAGAGGUGGUUUUUGUCAUCUUCUAUAAUCCUAUUCCUACAUACUCGGCUGCUCAGGUGGAGAAUUGCGACAAGAUUGUGGUGCUGAAGAACGGGCGCGUGAGUCAGUGCGGCACCCACCAGGAGCUCCUUCUCGAUCCUCACGGGCUCUACGCUUCCAUGGUGCAGCAGGGCGCCACUACAGAGGACCCCAAACAAACCCGUCGAGAAACGGCGCAUAAAAAUCAUCUGUUGAAAGGACCCUCGUCCGCACUGCAGCCCCCAGCGACGAGGCAACUCUUCCGCAAGGAGUCCGCGCAACUGGAACCAUCUUUUUUCGUCACCCCGGAUAUGGGGCGGGCCAUCAUGGGCACGGGACUGCAGGACGGAUACGCAGUGAACGUGAAUCGCGGCUUUGAGACGGAUGGCAUGCUCACCAGUAUGGCGCGGUCUCGCAUGAUGUACGGCUUGUUUGGCAAGGAACGCCGCGACACCGCGCCGCUAGACAGUCAAGUGGAAGACCGGGACAGUGCGAAUCUUCGGCAAACCCGAACGAGAAGGACGACCAACGUCGAGCCAGUGGAAGAUAAGAUUGCGGUGCCCUCGCCAAAGAGUAAGAGCAAGGACGGAAAACCGACUACUUCACCGAAACUGAAGAAGAAGGAUAGCAAGACGCGUAAUUCAGAUACAAAGUCCACGGGGGCCGAAGAGUCACACGCCCAGCAGUCGAGACUCAGUGGACAAACGCCGCUCGACACAUCAAAUGCGGCCCAACAAGGAUUGCUUUCGACGAUGCUCGGGUUCGGCGAGGCGCCGAAGGAGAACGUGGAUGACGUGUUUGGCGACUUGGCUCCUCCGAGCACCACAGCAGCUGACAAAUCGCCAAAGCGAGAAGGAAAGAGAUCAAUUGCGUCCAUUUCGGGGGGACUUCACACCCGUCAGGAAAUCCAGCAGCAGCAGCAGCAGCAAUUGCUCCCGGCCGAUGAUUUGCAGGACGCACCAGAGCAGCGACGGUCUUCAGGGCGGACCCAGCACGGUGUGGGGUUUCCGUGGUUCCAGCGAACUGGUGAGGGGGAAGCCGGUUUCUACAACGGAUACGUUUACCAAGGCGAUGAAUUCUCAGAUGACGAAGCUGAUGAGACUAACGCACUUCUGUUGACCAGCAAAGCUCCUACUCUGGGUCGUGGUCCAGACGCUCUACUCAGGACAAGCGCCACUUCCUACCGCGCGAUCGACUUCGAUGCGCGCGCCAGUGCGGCGGAAGCAGUUGCGGCAGAGAGUAGCAGUGAUAGCGAGGAGGAGGAUCCUGCGUAUGACAGCUCGUCCUCGGCAAGCGUAGACGACGAGCGGCACUCACGACUGAGUUCCGGGACGAUACAGGAGUCGGCCAUGGAAGAUGACGCUGCCCCUCGGUCCGCGCGGCGUAAGAAAAAGCAACCAAAAAUGACCGCGGCGGAGAAGCGGCUGGCACAAACCACUUUCAGUGGCUCAUUGAAGCGACUGCUACGCGCGCCGUUCACCACGCCGCACGAGGUACGCGCGUUCUUGGUGCCGGCGAUUCUUCUGAGCACGGGAAUUGGCAUCUGCCGCCCCAUUGCGGCGUGGAUUCUGUGCAAAACGCUCCUUUCCAACAAAGGCGUCCCCGUGGCAAUAGAGCGCGUCGAGCAGGGGGUGGAAGUGGAGCGCAACCUGGGGAUUUACACCACUGGACGAAGGUGGAUGGACCUUGGCUGCAUUGGUCUGGGCGGAAUCGGCCUCACCCUGAUUUUUCUCCUGUUCAUGCAGCAAUGGAUUUACUACACGAAACUCAUCACGCAAGUGCUCGCCCGGGUCCGCGCCCGCGUGUUUCGAAGCAUAGUCACGCAAGAACUCCUCUGGCACGAUUUGCCGGAAAACGCACCGGACAGGUAAGCAAUUCUGCAUCUAGUUUCCUCUUGAGUUCCGUAUGUUAUUUCGGUUGGUGUGACAACAGAGGGUGCUCCUGUUCACAUGAUGCGCAUAAUCUAAAAAUAUUCUGCGGAGAGUUUAUUGAUUUUGUACGACCUAUGACCUAAUCCGAUUCCGAAAAAACAAAAAAACAGGUUGUGCAACUUACUGCAGCGUAGUUGCAAUGCGUUUGUGGAGCUAAUCCCCUGCGUGGGGAAUCUGACACAAGACCUGGUGACCGUAUUGGGGUCUCUCGGUGUUUCGUUCGGCCUCGCUUGGGAGAUGAGUCUUGUACUUUUCUUCGCGAUCAUUGGAAUCACCGUUAUGCUGUUCUGGCUAACCGCGACCUUUGGGGAUCCCGGCCCGCCUUCCGUCGCAGAAUUGACGACGCAAAAGUACGUGAGCGAGUCCAUUUUUGCCGUGCGUGUGCUUCGUGGCUUAAACGGAACUGAGGAAUUCUACUUGCGCUUCAAGCACAUGGUGGCACAAGAACAGGAGGCCCAGUUGAUCACGUCAAGACGGCAGGCGAUCGCAAGAGGGUUGACCGAGACUAGUCAGGCCUUGCUUUUUCUUACGGUGUCCGGUUUCGGCACGAUUUUGAUCGCCAAGGGCGUCAGCACCGGGGUCGCGAUUUUCACGGUCCUGUUCGUCUUCAUCCUGAUUGCCAGCAGCGGCGCGAACCUCGCUACAACCUUCGGCCUCAUCGCGGAGGGGAAACGCGGCGCCGCGGAACUGUUUUUCACGCUGGACCGCAAGCCGAUGAUCCAGUACACCUACGCGGAUCCAGUCAACAUGGUCCCGGAGCCGCAGCGGUUUCGCAAACUCGCGCGAAAUCAGAAGAAAAUCAAGGACUUCGAGCAGAUCCGGUUCCAAAACGUCCACUUUUCCUACCCAUCCCGGCCAAAGAACCCGAUUCUGCGCGGUCUGACCCUGGAAAUCAAUCGCGGCGACACGGUCGCUUUGUGCGGCCCCUCCGGUGGUGGCAAGAGCACGGUGAUGCAGUUACUCCUCCGGUUCUACGACCCAAACCAAUUCGUGUCCGGUUUGUACAGGAAGGACCGAAACGUGCAGAAAUACCUCCUCCACGGCUCGUUCGCGGGCAGAGUGGUUUUGAACAAAGACGAGCUGGACCUGCGCACCGCCGUGGAUUUAAAGUCCUGGCGGUCGAUCAUCGGAUACGUGGGACAGGAACCGGUGUUGUUCGACAUGUCGGCCUGGGACAACAUUGUGUACUCCCUGGAAGCCGAAGAACAGGCCAAAGUGACGGUAGACCAAGUGAAAGAGGUUAUCCGAAGUAAAAAUGUGCCCACCCCAGAGUUGUCAUGCAGAUUUGCGAUUACAGGAAGAUUUGUAAUGCGCAUCUCCUUGAGAGGCGUUUCCAAUCGUGUUUUGCAAUUUGUCAUGCUGCAAACAGGAUAAGCGCAUGGAUUUGUGAUGCGGUUGUCGUUUCUAACAUGCACUACGCUACGGACUGCAACCUGUCAUGCGUGGCUCCCAAAACUUCUGGAUUUGUGUUGCUAAGUUCCCAUCUUGACCUUGGUGUGGGGACGUUUUUACAUAUGAAAGAUGUCGCAAAGCAGGCCAUGGUGGACUUCCUCGGCGAGGUAGCACCGCCACCGGCUUCUUAUGGAUUGUAAAAAUGUCUGGGUCUGGAAAAUUGCAACUUGUCAUGCUGUCUUUGGAUCCCAAAAAAAUAUGUAUUGCGUGACCAGCAACAGGGGUCCAGUUUGUGUUACGCGGAGAGGGCAUUUGUCAUGCGGAAUAGGCAUCAGGAAGCCCUCUAAAUAUCUGUGAUGCUAGAUCAUGCAUUACAUGAGUCAUGGAUCAUCUAAAAUAUGCAUCACAAAUCCCGGAAUCUUCCAGACCCAGACAUUUUUACAUUUGAUACUUCUAGCGCAGUUACAACUUCUCCCACCCCGUCCGGCGGGUUGCCGGGGUUCGAAAGCGCCGCUACUGGAGCGAGUAGCCCUUCCUCCCUCGGAGAAGUGAAGACGGCGGGGACAGCGGUCUCUGUUGACAGUGGAGCAGCAACUACAGCUACACCGCGGAAAAGUGCGGCGCAGGUGGGGUUCUACCCUUCUGGGGACAUUAUGAUGGACAACAUAACGUCUGAGGGCAGCAAGCAAACACCUACGUCUCCGGCGACCGGCGCAACCACCCCGUUCAUGCCCUCCUCGUACAGUCAGCAGCCGCAAAGUGCGGAGGGCAAGAAGCCAGCCGAGAUCGGGUGGCACACGCUACUCGGCACCCGGGCGUCGCUUCUCUCGGGUGGGCAGCGGCAGAGAUUGUCCAUCGCACGGGCGUUGUUGCGGAAGCCGCAGAUUCUCCUGUUAGACGAAGCUACGGCGGCACUGGACAACAACUCGCAGAGGGAGGUACAGGCGGCACUGGACGCUUUGCUGCAAACGAUGGGAAAACGCAUGACGGUAAUCACGAUUGCCCAUCGGCUCUCGACAAUUCGCAACUACAGCAAAAUUUUAGUGAUCAAGCAGGGAGCACUGGUUGAGCAGGGGAAUCAUGACAUGCUACUGCAACAGAACGGAAUCUACGCCGGCUUGUACUACGCGUCGGUGGGAGACGAGCACUGAAGAUGCAGAUGGAUCUUGGUCCUACGACGGCUUCGGAAAUUGAAGAACAAAAGCUUGCUCUCUCAGAUGAACUUCUUCAACUUACUUCCAAAUUCUUUAACACAUUUCGAUUUCUCUUUCGUAAUCCCAAUCUACUAAAUCAUUUCAAGCUUCGCCUUGUGUGCGUUGAAUGAACUUACACCUACAACUUAGCUAGCAGUGACAAAUUGUUUUUGUACAGGAUCGGAGGACCUCGCAGUGUUUCAGUUUCUUCUCCACCUGUGCAUCACCUGUAAAAUGCGAACGUGCAGUUCAUCGGCUUCCUGUAUCUUCCAAGAAACGAAGAAACGAAUGUAAAGCAAUGGAUUUAUGGCUGAACUUCAACAUGAUUGAGAAGAAUAUGAAGAAUAUGUAUCUAGCCUUUGUACGACAAUAUGAGCGCCAUGAACCAAUGCAACGUCCGGAUUCGAUUAGAG